UCUGAAGGGUUAAAGGGCGCGGCGUUUACUCUCGCACUCUGUCAACAACUCUGAUUCCUGCUUGAAGAAUGAACUAAAAAUUCAGCAAAAUGAAUGUAUGGACGAUGUAAUUAACCAUUACAUUACUUUCUAGGUUGAGCAAAUGUCAAAAACUGUACAAGUAAAGAUGUAUGUUGUGGAUACUAUUGUUACUAAGGAGGAUCUCAAUACAAAGGUUGAUAGCAGAGACAGUCAGACAAACACGGUGUAUUUUUGUAAAAAGUGUGGAAAUGAAAUAAAUUUGUCAGAUGUGAAUGUUGUUGAAUUUAGUGUUUAUGACACAAACUCUGUUAGAUUACCUGCAAUACCAUGUAAAAGUACAGAUUGCCCAAUUGGAUUACUGCAGAUCCAGGGAGUUUGGCUAAGCAUUGAUGAAGUACUAAUAUGUGGCAGGAACAGGCCAAAUGGAUUCCAAAAGGUGUCAAGUACUGGUGAGAGAAUUGCAUUAAGUGUUCUGAAUAACAUUCUGUACAAAGUCUUGGACCGUAAAGCCAACGAUCCAGAAUUUUUACCUCACGCGUUUAACGAGUACGCAAAACUCCUCUGGAUAAAUAAUACUGCAGUUGGUUUCUACACAGUGAAGGAAAGAGGUACAUGGUGUGGAAGCCAGUCACAAGCAUUAUCUUGGCAGCUGACUAUCCUGGACACUGUAUACAUCAACUCCACUCAUAGGAGACAGGGUCAUGCAUUACUGGCUCUCCAUGAUUUCCUGAAAACCUUUCCAGAUGAGGAUCUUGGGAUCUCGGAACCAGUGUCAGAAUCAAUGAUGCUAGUUUGUAAAAGAUUUGUUAAAGAAAAUCCUGUUGAGGCAGAACGACUGUGGCUUUGUACUCUACCAGCUGACAAUUCUCAUUCUGAGAAUCUUGUACUUCGUAUUGCUUUAUCAGCCAUGCCAGGUAAACAUAAAAAAAGAAAGAACUCUGACCCUAAGAAGUUUGUCACAGAUGCAGAGAAAGCCUGCAGUGUGGCUACUGUUGGAAGCUCUAGCCAAUUGGAAGUUGAUACCACUGAGACAGAGCCUGUUUGUAGUGCAGAAGCAGUUGAUAAGUUGAGCAUACCUCCUUCGGAGUCACUGAAUCCAGUUUCAGAAAAUUGUAGUAUUGCAAGCUAUGAAGGAUCAUCAAAUCUCUUAAGGAACUUUUCUGUAAUUGCUAAGGCAACAAUAGAUGGCGAAAGAAGUAAUGAUACAGCUAGAAAAAUUUCAAACCCUAUUUUACCAGUUCAAACUCUGUUAAAAAUACCUGAAAAUGACAGUAGAACAAUAAGUGAUGGAAAAAGCUUUCAUGAAACCUUUAAACAGGAAGGUAAUGAAAGUAAAGAGACAAACUCCUUGGCAAAAGGAUUUCUCAGUCAGGAAGGAUGUCCUGCCAAUGAUGUUCAUGACAUAGAGGGAGAUGCAGUAAGAUCACAAGAAUUUCAGGAUGAAUAUCAGAAUUAUAAAGGUCAAAUAAAUUGUUUGCCAGAGUUAAAUAUGGACAAUGAUGGCAGUCAGGGGACCAGUAAUGACACAGAUCCUUCUCAUUCACCAACAGACUUUGCACCAGCUGCAGAAGGAGGUCACUUUUAUGUGAAAGCUGAACCGAUUGACGAAGAUGAUGGCUCAUAUCCCCAGGAUCAGCAUAAAUGUAUGAUGUCAAAAAGGAAGCAUGUUUUAGUUGAAGAACCAUCAUCAAGUGUAGUAAUCAAGCAGGAACCUGUGGAUAUUGAUGUCAGUAAUCACCAUUUAUACUACGUGCAGCAGAGUAGAACAUUCUUUAAAUCUGAUACCUCCUCUAUUGAUGAAGUCAGUGAUCUGCCAUUAAACCAAAACCUUGAAGAUCAGCUUACAGGAAAUGCAGAUCAGAACACAAGACAACUUUCCCUUUUUGAGCAGAUGUUGCUUCCAUCUGGUCCCCAAGAUCAUCAAGGAUCUUCAGAAGAGGGGUCCAGUAUAUUGCAGAACUUGAACCAGAGCCAGGGCAUGAUCAGCUCACUUUUGCGCAAUAUUGCAGAGCAACUGAAGGAACCAAGAACCACAACAAAUCGGGAACCAAUUUGGCAGACAAGACCAACUCAAGAAACCUGUGAAGCUCAGUCUUCUUCAGAUUCACAAAAGAGACUUAGAAAAACAAGUUAUCCCAUAGCAAAACUCUCCACUCACUUGAAGAGAAAACACAAAAAUAAAUUACGCAUGAAUGAUAAGAACUUUAAACCUCGUGCCAAACAAAAAGAUAUAGGUGUGUGUCUGGAGGGCCCCAGUAAGCGCACACGUUCACAAUCAAUGUCUGAUGAAAGCAUGAAAAACCGAAUUUCAAACUGGAUGAGGUCUGGUUCUGAUGAUGAGGAGAUGGGUAAUAGUUCUAGCACCAACACUAACAGGAGAGUGACAGAAAAGGUUAACACUAAUCAUUCAUUAGAUCACAGAGUUUCUCAGUCAAACUCUCACCGAUAUUCUUCAAACCAACUUGCAUCGGCAGGUUGCUCCACAAUUGCUGUGCACUCUUCAACUACCAUGACCUCUCAAUCAUCAAGGAGUGAUUUCCAGGCAGAAAGACCUGAAAGGCCGAAGAGACCUUUUAACGUUGUGCAAGCUCUCACUGUUGAGGACCCAAGUUCAACUCAAACUAAUUUUCCACAGGGUUCACUCUAUGAGUCUAUGGGUGGACUGAGCAAUCGGUCGUUGCCCCGUCGAGGGCAUGCGUCCACUCACAGUACAAUAACUAGCUCAUCCGCAUUACCAAGUUCACAUGACACACCUGUCAGUGUGAUGUCAACUGCUAACAAUUUGGUUGGGUCGCAAGUAGUAGUCAGCACUCAGAACCCAUUAAUUCGUGGAUUAUUAGAAAUGAAGGUGCCAACAAAACCAAACAUAAGGCAACUGGCACCAGCAAAGACAUCCAUAAUAUCAGAGGAUGCCUCUACUUCUCAAGAUGUUGGCUCAUCUCAUAACUCCAGGUAUAGGAAUCUAAAUGCAGCAGCAACUCAAACAGCUCAAUAUGUUUGUGAACUCUGUGACAUCAUUUUUACAGACAGUGUCAUGUAUGUACUGCACACUGGUUGCCAUGGGAGACGGGACGCUUACCAGUGUAACCAAUGUGGAACAAUCUGUCGGGAUAAAUAUGAGUUUAUGAUUCAUUUUAUUCAAGGAGUUCACAACAGGGAAUAAAAUCCCACAUAGGAAAUUAUAAAUAUAUAAAUAUAUAUUUAUGUACUGUAUUUAUUCGAAUAAAUACCCCAGGACGUUUAUAUUGUUGGGAAGGGUUUUUGAGGGAGUGUUUAUAUUCGAGGGAGGCGUUUAUGUUUUUUUUUUAUUGUGUACAAUGAAUACCUAUAUACUCAAAUAAACACUCCUUAAUUUCACUUUAAACUCCAACACACAAUUACCACCAAAAUUUGUUAUUGCGUGAUCAUGAAGACUGAUUGAUCCUAACCCAGUUGAAACAAAUUUAAUUCUACUGGAGUAGAACAUAAAUAGAAUGUGUUGAGAAGGAUGGUGCUUCUAUUAGACUUGUUUACAGUUAUUUGAGGGGUGGGGGGUUUAACGAGGAAAAAUAAAUGUCUUGGGAUGUUUAUUCGAGGGAGGCAUUUAUUUCAAAUGAGGUUCUACAGUAGAAGGAUGUUUAUUCCAAGCGGGGCAUUUAUCCAAAUAAAUACAGUAUAUUGACAAGCUGGAAUUGCUUGAACAACUUUUCUUUUUCGACUUCUUACCCUUUAUUUCUUUAUUUCCUUCUUUUUCUCCUUUGUGUUCUAUUUGUUUUUCUGUGUUCAAUCACUAUGGAACACAUAGUUUUUUUGCAUGGUGCAACUAUUAUUAUCCAUAUGUAUGGUAUACAAAUAGUAUCUGCAUGGAGGUAUUAUUAAGAAGGAGGUCACAGAUCCCUUUGAUGCAACAAACCAAUGUGUUCCCUACCUUUGGAUCGUGCGCGAUGUACAGUAUAUCUUAUUAUUAACAUUUUUUUCAUUAGCAACAACUUGGGAACAACAAGCUUUUAAACGCUUCAACACAGAAGUUGUGCAAUAAACCGUUCAGUAGGUUAUUAUUUAUUUCAUUUAUUUAUUUAUUUUAUUUCAAUCGUCCAACAGGAACUCUUCGUUCCCACUUACAAAAUUGUAAUAAAAAUAUAUUGAAAAAAUAAUAAAUCAGUACAAUAAAUUCACAUAUGCCAUAAAAAAUAAAAUAAUUAUUAUUAUUAUUAUUAUUAUUAUUAUUAUUAUUUAUAUGAUUAUAAUUAUUAUUGCAGUAUUUACAAAAAAAUGUAUAAAUUACAAAAAAAAAAUGCUGUAUACUGUAUGUCAGGAACAGAUUCCACAGAAUAUUUCUGUUGCAAUUGUUCCUGUGUUCAUAUAUAAUUUUGUCUAAAAAUUGACUGCUUCGACUAUAAGCUGAGCCAGUGUAGAAAAUUACUCUGACAUUGGAUUGAAUUUUCGAAUAGUUCACAUGUGUUCACACAAAAAUUAGUAGUUUAUUAUAAUCCUCAAUCACUCAUUAAUUAGUAUCUGUUAAAAUUAGAAUUAUCGAGUUUUAUCCAAUUUAUGGAAAUUCAAGUUGAAAUAUACCAUAUUUUUAAGGCUCAUAUAAAUGUUUCAUUAAAUUCAAAACACUUUUUUGUAGAAAAUAUUAAUAUGUUUUGAAAGAUAAAUAUAUUAGGUUUAAGGUGGAAUUGAUUGCGCAGCCAUAGCGAUUGACAGUAAGCAGUGCACAUUGAAAAAACAAGAUGCUCUAUAUUUAGUCAUGUUCAAUUUUUUGGAAACUAAUCCCACUGAGCAACUGGUGGUGGGGAAUACAUUAGACUGAUUUCACAAGUUGCGGCAGCCUCGUCCUUUACUCAUUGCCGUAGCACUUUUUUAAGUGACCUCAAUAAUACCUCCAUGGUAUCUGUACAUUAAUAUAUUAAUACAAAGUGUGUUAAUGUAUCUUGUACACAUAAAUUAGAUAUGUGAGGCAGUAACUGAUUAAAUCAGGUUCAAUAUACAUGUACAAUUAAAUUGUAGGAUACAUAAGUGUAUGUACAUUGGAUAUGUAUACAGUAUAUGAUCAGUGGUGGCUGAUAUCUGGGGAGGGCAAAUAAGGGAAAAAUAGUGAGAGGCAUGCUAAAAUUUUAGGAGCAAAUAUGUUUUCCUAUAGCAGAAUGGAGUUGUAUAUUAGCAUGCAAUUAUUGCAAAUAAAGUCCGCUGUUGUUUCUUGGGACAAGUAACUAUUAAAGUUUUUUUUAAUUUUUUAAUUUUUUUAUUUUUCGGAGAUUUACUUUCUUGAUCAGAAGUAUCUCUACCUUCACUAAGUUACAUUAAGGCUCUGGUACGUAAUCAGGACUCCUGUGAUUCAUGUGGAUGCUCAUUUUUGGGAGGUGGGAAAUUGGGUGUGGGGAAAAGAAGAUUAUCUGGGGGAGCAAUACCAACGGAACUAAUGUACUGUAGUUAAAUGUAUAGUUUACAUUGUAAGACAGAAUUGUUAAAAUGAUCCAUUAAGAUGAUUUUAGUGAUUGGUGGCAUUAAUACAACUCUGUGAUAUUUUUGCACAUAGUUUUAUAAUGAGAUAUAUAAUCUUGCAUUUCAGUAAUUUCUUUAAAAAAGAACUGAUUGAAAGUACAUAGAGAAACUUAGAAAGAUGUAAUGCCUUUGAUACAUACAAAUACAUUUUAUUUAUUUUAGAAUUAUGAUUUUUCUGUUUAUAAAUAUGGUGCAAUUCUGAGUUUUCAUACUCAAAGAAAAUCAGAAAGAUAAAUAUUGUUUUAAUUAAAAGAAUUGUAAUAUGAGGUAAAUAUGAAUUUCUUGUACUUAUCUAAAAUAUUGCCAGUAAGGAUGCUGGUGUUAUGUUUACUGUCUGGAUAGUGAAUAAUGUAUAUUUUGUAUAUAAAGGGUCAUGGAUUUACAUUUUUAUUGGACCCUGAUUUGACCUAACUUGACAUGUACUUUUUCUACUACAGUGGGGGCCUUAUAAUGGUAUUCCACCCCUUCCCUCAGGCUGCGCUCAUCCCACUCAGUCACACGCUAGGUAUUAUUGGUACACUGUGUCACUGUUGCAUUACAGCCAAUCAGAAAAAAAAACAGAUCAGGAUAUUUACAUUUUAACAGGCAUAGACAAAUACAAGCUUGCAAAAUGUUACUUUAAUUAAUUAUUACUAUGAUUUAUAAAAGUGUAAAUUAAUUUAGUAUAUUCUGUGUAGAUAAUAUCCACCAGACAAAUUAUAAAUAAGAUAUGAUGGUGCUUUCAUGAUUAAAAUUUACAAUAGCAUAAUCCGCCAAAAUAAUGGUUGAAAAUAACCCAAGUUAUGUACAGUAUUCUUCCUAUGUGGCCUUAAAUCUAGUACUAUGCGGUUAUUGAUGUCAUUGUUUGAUUGAUAUCAUAUCAUCAUUUUUAUUGACAUUAUGACCAGUAUUUACAUUAUGACACAUCAUAAAUGGCAUCAUAUCAUUAAUAUUAUUGUAUCCGUAUUAUUAACGUGAUGUCUGUUGCCACAUUCUCUGGCUUGCUAUAAGUUGUGCCAAUAAUUAACUUGCCAGAAGUCAUUUUAUGCCACUAAUUUGCCCGCUACAAGUAUUAGUGCCAAUAAUAUAUCUACAUGGUGUUUCCCAUUUGUAGUGUAAUAAGCAAAUUGUGAUUCAUCAGGCAUUAUCAUCUCAAUUCUUUAAACAAUAUUUUAAAAAAAAUAUAUUUAAAAAAAAAGUUGACCAGAUUUUUCUAACCUGGACAUUGCCUACAAGUAUUAUGCAAACCCACUAUCUAAAAUGAGGACCAAAUAUUUUACAGGUCCCAUCCAGUCAGGUUCCAGGAGGAAGUCCUUGAUGAGGGUGCAGGGGGAGGUGAGAGAGGCUAUAGUGGCCUGGUGCAAAGCCCAGAUUAAUAGACUAAUUUGGAGCAUUUUUCUAAUAUGAGAGAAUGUUUUUUUUUUCCUUAAUUACAAAAAAAAAUAUCCAGUUAUAAAAACACAAUAGACCUAUCAAACAAAUUAUUUUCACUGUAGUCCUGAGAGGGUGGGGCUCUUGGCAUGUCCAAUGUGAAAAUUAAUUCCCCUGCUGGUCCCAUCGCUGUACAUAACCUCAUCAAUAUUGCCUUAAAUAAUUUUUUGAAAUUUUCCUUAAAAAGAACAGGACAAUUAUGCUAGACAAAAGCAAGGCCAGGAUUUCAUCUCAAGCAUCACUCACUUCAAACCUGACACUACAGAUAUAAACCGAGUAAGCCGACAUAUUUUACAUCUACCUACAAUUUUUAAAUACCACUUUUUUGAUUGAGAAACUACUGCAUAUGUAUUUUUAAAACAUACCACUGUAAGCCCUGUAAUUGUUUUCACCUCAACUCAAUACUGUUUGUUCUAAAUGAAUAUUGAUGGUAAAAUAUCUAUUGGAACCUUGAUACAUGUGCCUAAUUUGCCUAUUGAAUUGUUAUUAGUAUAUUGAUUUGUCAGAUUGAGUCUUUCAUUUUACUAGAUUGUAUUUAUGUUCAAAGUUUGUGGCUGCAUCCUAAAUGAAUUAAAUGGAAAGAAAAUAA